AUGAAAAUGCCAAUAUUGUUUCUGAAUUUUUAUUUCCUGUUAAUAUAAAUUAGCAGGUCUUAACUAAUUUAUAGUAAUUUUCAUGGAACUUUUACAUCCGCAAGCUUUGGUAUGUUAUUGCUAUAUUAAGAUUGGAAUAUAUACUAAAGGGAUAAUCAUGGGUAUACAGUGGCAAAUUGUGGAUUAAAAAGCGUCUUAAUCAUGAACGAAUGCACAAACUGGGCCUUUAAUAGUUUAACAUCAAAAUCUUUUGAGCUUCCUCCACAUUAUUAAGUCAAUCUGUCAUUUAAACUUUGGAUGAGAUCCGCUACUAACUAUUUUUUCUAUUUGUAUGUUGACAACGAACUUAAACUUUUAAUCUAAAAAUCUCUAUACACUUUUACAAACGGUUGUACACCAUAUGAAUCAUAUGAUAUAUCUGAAAAUAUUAUUCACUAGAGCUCUUCCAUUCAAAUUACAAUGGUCUCUAAUUAAUCUUCAUGGGGCUUUUCUGAAUUUAAUUUAAAUGUCAUAAAUACUACUCAAAAGAUUUGGGAAUUAGUUUAUUAAUCGUUUAAUAACAAAAUUUUCUCCACUAUAUCUGUAGAUGAUGGGUGGAUGACUAACAACAUAGUUUCUUAAUAAGUAUAGUAAUGCACAGAUUUCAAUUUUUUAAGAUCAUCAGGGACUAAUUUUAUCAAAGAAUUCGUUUUAAAUCUUCAUAAAAAAAUAAGCUUGAAUAUGAAAGUGUUAAUAUUCAACUAAACUUCAUCAACAAUAGAUUUGAAAAUUGAUAAUUAAUAGGUAAUAACUAAAAUCUCAGAUUCUUAUGUAUAAUCCUCAAUUCCAUUAUGUUAUAAUUUUACAGUAUUUUAAGUAUAAAUAUCGGAUUUUGAACAUAAAAAUGUAAAUCUUAGAAUAGAGGUAUUAACUUAAACAGAUGGCUCUACUUCUUGGUUUGGAAUCAGAGAUUUUUCAUUAUUUACUGAUAUAUAUGAAGAUUAUUAAUGUAAAGACUUCAACAUUUAGCCAUUUGAUGGGUGUUUCUCUAAUCAAUACGAUUGUAAUUUGGGUUGUAGUAAUUGCGUAAAUGGAAUCUGCAUCAACUGUUUAGAUGGCUGGACUUUGUACACAAAAAAUAAUUGUAUACCUAUUUGUGGUGAUUAGAAAUUAAUGUUAAAUGAGAUUUGUGAUGAUGGUAAUUCUAAUCCAUACGAUGGUUGCCAUAAUUGCUAAUUUUCUUGUCCAUUAAAUUGCAUCCUUUGCACUUAUGGAACUUGUAAGGAAUGUGAAAAAUCCUAUUUUCUUGUAAAUAAUAGGUGUAAACAUGGUUUUUAGUUUGAUGAAAGCUUUGUUGAACAAUUAGAAACUGGUGUUCUCAUCAAUUGGACCAAUUAUCUUGAAAAAAAUGGCAUUUAAUGUUAACCUAACUCUCAAUAACAAUCAAUACUGUAAUUAUCUUAAUAGUAUAAUCUACUUUAAAAUAAUUAUUAUAGAUUAAACAUAAUUUAAAGUUUUUCGGUUUGUUAUUUUCCAGAUUCUUAAAUUAUUUUAGAUCAUGAAUAAGAUAGUUAAACCGAAUGUAAAAAAGGUUAUAAAUUUUCACCAAGCAAAAGAUAAUGUGUUGAAAUUUGUAAUUGUUAAGAUUUAGUUAGCUUGUAAAAUAAUGAUUGUAAUAAUUGUAUAUAAAACUGCUAAUUAGAAUGUUUAAUAUGUCUUUAAGAUAAAUGUUAUGUUUGUCUUGAGGGAUGGCAAUUGGUUGAUAAUAAAUGUUAGCAAAUUUGUGGAGAUAAUUAAAUAGCAUUACAUUCUAAUGAGCAGUGUGAUGAUGGUAAUUAUGUUAUUGAGGAUGGGUGCUAUGAUUGUUUAUUUUAAUGUGGAUCUUAUUGCUAAUUUUGCAAUAAGGAAUUAAAUUGUCUCCUAUGUGAAGCAAAUUUCAAGCUGGCACAUCAUUUAUGCACACCAAUAUGUGGUGAUAAAAUAGUUAUAAGUGGAUUAGAGGAAUGUGAUGAUGGAAACAACAUUAAAUAUGAUGGUUGUUUUGAAUGUUAAUUUUAAUGUAAUUUUGGCUGUAAAAUUUGUGAAUCUGGCAAAUGUUAAGAUGUGUGUAAAGUUGAAGAAGAAUCUAUAAAUGGUGAAUGUGUUCCAAUAGUUCUAAUUGAAAUUGAAGAAAUUGAUCCAAUUCAACCUGAAUGCUAGAAUGAUUGCUAAGUUUGCGAUGGGGCUAAUUGCCUCCUAUGUAAACCAGAUUAUAUUUUGGAAAAUAAGAAGUGUGUCUCAUGUGGAAAUGGGAUUGUAAACAAAGAUGAAGAAUGUGAUGAUGGAAACAGGAUCAAUUCUGAUGGAUGUUCAAAUUAAUGUAAAAUUGAAGAGAAUUGGAAUUGCAUAGAAUCCUAUUCAUUAUUAAGUUAAUGUUCCCGUAUUCCUAGAAUUUCGAUUGCAUUUUUAAACUCAACUUUUAACACACAAUAUGUUUAAUUAUCAUAUAAUAAUAAAGUUAAACUGAAUUAAUAAGAAAAUAACUUUUUAGAUUAUAAUGUUAAUUCAAUUAACAUAGGUCCUACUUAUUAUAAUAUCAGUAUUUUUCCUGUAGUAGAAAUAGUCUCAAAUGAGACUCGAGAUAUCAAUUAUGAAUUAAAAAUUCAAAUUAACUAACAACUCUCAUAAAAUCCAAUUUUAGAAGUUAAGGUCGAUCUUAUUUUAUUGGAUGAAAACGAUUUACCAGUACCACCAUAGUCAUAAUAAAUUGAAUUAAAUGCCCCUUUAGUUCUAAAUCAGGCAUAAAUAGAAGUUUCUAAAAAUUUCUAAAAAUUUGGUUACAAUAUUAUGCUUGCAUUAGGAGGUUUCGCUAUUUUUGCAUUGCUUCUUGGUUCUCCCUAAUAAUUUUUAGAAAUCUUAGAUACAUUAUAAUUUUACUCAUAUUUGAAGUUUAUAAAUGUAGAAUAUCCAGAAAAUCUUAAUAUUUAUUUUUAAUCUUCUGAAUUGAUAUCAGUGGAUCCAAUAUUAUAAUUUUUGGGAAUUAAAGAUAAUUUUGAAAAUUAGUUAGGGAUUAAUAUAAUUUAAGGUUUUGGGAAGUUUUAUCAGUAUUAAAUUAAUGCUGAUUUAAUAACUAAUAUAUAUAGCUAAUUAAUGUAGGUAAUUUUAUUCUUUUCAUUAUUGAUAAUUCUGAAAAUGUAUCUGAAGUUUUGCUUAAAGGUUUGUUUUACUUCAUAUUUCAUUUAUUUUUUCAGAAAACGGAAAUCAAAAGCAUUUGAGUCGCUUGCAAUAAAACUAUAUUAAUAAAAUAAAUAGAUAAAGAAAUAUUUAAAUUUUGACUCCAUAAAUUUGAUAAUAGAUUUUUACUAUGCUAAUACUUGGGAUUUAAGUUUUAAGGUUUUAUUGUAUUUAACCUUUAACUAAUAAUCAGGAAUUAGAACUUUAGUGUCAUUAAUAUUUUGUCUGAUAUAUUUUAUAAUAGGAAUAUGUAUUGGAGUGAGAAAUUUUGAGAUACCCAGUAAUAACAUAGAUUUCAAAAAAUUAAAAAAUUAACAGCAUUAAUAGAUUAUUAUGUUAAAAAAGAUUACCUUUGUGUUAAUUUUAAUUAGAAUGCAAGAUUUCUCUAUAGCAUAAUGCAUAAUGCUCUCCUUUUCCACUUGUGCAUAUAUAGGGUUUUUAUUUAUUCUUAAGGUUACAAAUACUAUUUUAGACUUGAUGAAUAUCUUGUGCGUAGAGGUUUCGGUAAUAUUAUUUACAUUGGUUAAUUUGUCAUUUUGUAAAGAUUUUAACAAUGUUUUUACUCCUGAUUAAAUAAUUAGAAUAGGUUUUUUAUAAAUAGCUUGCUUAAUGUUUGGAUUAUUAGGUCCUUUAAUUAAUUGUGUUUAUAAGUUUUAUAAUAAACUUAAAAAAAUUUACAGGUUAACCAAACCAAAAAAGUUCUAACUCAAAAGAGCAAUUAGGAAUAUUAUGUUUGAAGUACCACUUUGA